AUGGGUCAAGAACAAUCCCUCCCUUUCACAACAUCCAAUAAUUCUUAUCUUCGAGCAAGUGACAAGCAAAAACUAGUCACACCACACAUCUUCAAUGCCGACCACGUCGAACUCAUGACUCACUCUCGGAGCACUCCGAACAUGCUUCCAUCAUCAAUUGGAGCCAGUGCGAGUAUGAUGCUCAUGGGAAAUAUCGGUAAUGCAUCGAUCGAUACAAAUUCCUUUCGAUUAACUUGUCGACAAUUAUUGGACAUUAUUAAACCAUCGAGUGGAGGAAUUUUAGAAGGUUUUACAACGACUGUGAAAAAUAUCGAAGAAAUUAUGAAAUUGUAUGAUCAGAUCAUUACGAAUUAUUCAAAACAAACGACUCAAUUACAAUAUACCAUGAAUGGGAAAAAUAAUAAUAAUUUAUUGUUAGGAGCUUCUUCAUCGUCAUCGAGCAUGACUAAUUCUGAAAAUCGACAUGCUUUUGACAUGAUGACAGAUGCCAUCAGUACACAUAUUUUACAAACUAAGAAUCAAUUAGAAGAGUUGGUGGAACUGAAUGAACAAAAUGCAAGAAGAAGUCUCAAACGAAAUUCUGUAUCAUCUGCCAGUGCCAUGUUUGCCUCUACAAAUAAUUUACAAGCUGCUGGAUACGAUUGGUCAAAUUUGGAUAACAAACAGAGAUAUUUCGAAAUUAAGGAUGAAAUUGAAAUUUUAACAAGUCACCACUUGGAAGAAAUUGAAGCAUUCAAACAAUUGGCAUCUGUCAUUCACAACGCUGAAUUACAAGGUCUCGAUUACUCUCAUCCUUCUACACAAGCUCAACUCGAUAUCACCCAUGUCUUGGAUGAAUUUGGAGCAGAAUAUUGGAAAACUAAUUUUGGAGGAAAUGUCUUUUCCGUCGAUAAGGAAUGUUUUCUCGAUGUGUUGGAUACUUAUUUUCAAGAUUUGAGAAAUCGGAAAACUUGGGUCGAAGAAAUUAAUGACAUUAUUGACCCUACUUGUGAUUCGAUUGUGUCUAUUAUUGAUUUUAGAACUGUUCUCAAAUGGUUUGGACCAUUUUCGAGUUUCUUUUUUAAUCCUAUUGAUGCAUUUUUACAAAUGAAACAUUUUUGGGGAAGUUUGACAUCGAUUGAAGCUCAGGAAUUACUUGAUAAGUGUGAACCUGGAACAUUUAUUGUGAGAUUUUGUGAAACAGAACCAGGAUCGUUUUAUGCAUCUGUGGUUGAAGAUAAUGGAGAUAAUUUUGGAUAUUUUGACAGUUUAUUGACAAGUGACAACAAACAAACAUUCCAUUAUUUGGUGAGAAGAAAAAAAGAUGAACGAGAAGGGAAAAUGUACUUUGUACUCAUUGAUUCCGAUGUGGAACACAAACAUGAGAAUAUUGACAGUCUCUUUAAACAAUAUCAUUUAACUUUUCGAAUUCCAUAUCUAGAUGAUACAAAAAAGGAAGAGAUUGCCAAAAAGAAAAAGGGACAAGAGGAAUUGGAUUUUGUGGCAUUUAUGAAAACACAAAAAACCAAAAUGCAUAUUCAGGACGACGAUGACGAUGACGAUGAUGGAGGAUUUACAACGUUUAAGGGGAGACUUCCAAGUAAGAAGAAACAACAAACUUCUUCUGCUGCCUCUAAAAUUAAUUUAUUAACUUCUCCUUCGAUUAGUAUUACUUCGAAAAUCACAAGUAAUUCAGCAGGAACAGCAACAAAUAACUCUGAUAACAAAUUGUCCAAAAUGGAUGUCUUGCCUAAUAUCACAGUUUCGAAUUCUUCAGGAACUACAGCGUUGACGAGUGCAACAACAAUUUCUCAAAAGAUUGAUGAAUCAACAACAACAACGACUACCAACACAAUGACCAUGUUGUCAGCGACAACAGAUUCUCAAAAUGUCCUUGACACUAAGAAAUCAUUGAGCAAAUUGUUGGUUAAUGUAGCAAAGGAUCAUGAGGAGGAUUCAGCUGCUUCUUUGGUGACUGUGAGUCCAACCACUCAAAGCACAUCAUCUGUUGAUCCAUUGUUGCAAGAUAAAGAUACAACAAGCUCUGACCAGUAA